AUGUCGUCUGAAAUCAAGUAUUCCGGCCCCCCGGAUCCGACAAUCGACCUCCAUUGGGGCGAUUAUGGUGGAGCCAUCCAUGAGAUAUUCGCAGCCAAUGCCAAGAGGUUCCCAGACAGAGAAUGUGUCAUUGAAACCAAGAGCCCACGAACUGCUCAGCGAACUUUCACAUAUCGCCAGAUCAAUGAGAGUUCCAACCAGUUGGCAAACCACUUUGUGCUACAUGGGUGUGAAGUGGGAGAUGUUGUCAUGAUAUAUGCCUUUCGAGGGGUUGACCUUGUGGUUGCUUAUAUGGGCGCCCUCAAGGCUGGAGCAACUGUCAGUGUGCUUGAUCCACAGUACCCUCCAGAGCGCCAGAAGGUACUGUUGGACGUCGCGAACCCUAGAUUCCUGGUCUAUAUCCAGAGGGCCAAUGAGGAAUCCGGCAAGCCUUCUGACCUUGUUAUGGACUUCGUCGCUAGCAACCUCAGCAUCAAGUCUACUAUUCCAGCCCUAGAGCUUUCCGAUAAUGGGGAACUUAAGGGGGGCAAUGUCGACGGCAAAGAUUGUCUUGAGCCCUACCUCUCUAGCAGAGAGGAACUUCCCAAUGUCUCAGUUGGCCCAGAUUCGAUACCAACUCUGAGUUUUACGAGCGGAUCAGAGGGCAGGCCGAAGGGCGUCCAAGGCCGCCAUUUCUCAUUGACCCAUUACUUCCCCUGGAUGGCAGAGAGAUUUGGCCUUUCGGAAGGCGACAGGUUCACCAUGCUGUCCGGCAUUGCUCAUGAUCCAAUCCAAAGAGAUAUCUUCACCCCGCUCUUCCUAGGUGCCAAAAUAGUCAUCCCUCCCGCUGAUGUGAUUACCUACGAGCUGCUCGCGGAAUGGAUGAACGAGCACAACGUCACGGUAACCCACCUGACUCCCGCCAUGGGCCAGAUCCUUGUGGGCGGCGCCACAACCCAGUUCCCCUCGCUUCGGAACGCCUUCUUCGUGGGUGAUCUCCUGACCAAGAAGGAUUGCAGGAAGCUGCGCGACCUUGCACCAGAUGCUACGGUGAUAAACCUCUAUGGCUCGACCGAAACGCAGCGUGCCGUGUCGUUUUUCGAGGUUCCAAGCAAGUCUAAGGACCCUGCAUUUCUGGAUCAGUUGCCGGAUGUUAUUCCGGUUGGCCAAGGCAUGCUGAAUGCCCAACUCUUAGUUGUCGAUCGCGAGGACAGGACCAAGCUCUGUGGCGUAGGCGAGCAAGGAGAACUGUUCCUUCGAGCAGGGGGCCUCGCAGAGGGGUACCUUGGAGACGACGACAAGACGGCGGAACUCAACCGGUCCAAGUUUCUUCUUAACUGGUUUGUCGAUCCUGCUAAGUGGGUGCAGCAGUAUGACCAGCACAUUGCUUCGGGGACCCCUGCUUGGAAGGGACCACGAGAUCGCAUUUAUAGAACCGGCGAUCUCGGCCGAACCCGUGAUGAUGGAAGUGUCGAAUGUACAGGCCGUAUUGACUCGCAGGUCAAGAUCCGUGGCUUCCGGAUCGAGCUGGGCGAGAUCGAUAUAUACCUAUCAGAGUACCAGUUCAUACGCGAAAACGUCACCAUUGUUCGAAGAGACAAGGACGAGGAGCCAACCCUCGUCACGUACUUCGUCCCAGAGACAAACCGUUGGUUCCAGCACCUUCAGCAGGAGGAAGAUGGGAGGUUUGUCGAGCACGACUUACAGGACGAGUCGAUGGCUGGAAUGCUUAGGCGAUUCAAGUCGCUGUCAGAAGACUGCAAGAAGUUCCUUGCGACCAAGGUUCCUAAAUACGCCAUUCCAAGCAUAUUCAUUCCUCUGGCUCGGAUGCCCUUGAAUCCAAACGGCAAGAUAGACAAACCACAGCUCCCCUUCCCCGACGCGGCAGAUCUUGCUGCCCUCGCCAAGAGGAGGGCUUCGUCCACGGUUGCCAAUAUGACCGACACCCAGACUCGACUAGCUACGAUAUGGGCAUCGAUCCUCCCUAACCGCUCUGCACGGAUGUUUGUGCCAGAGUCCAACUUUUUCGAUGAAGGCGGCCACUCCAUCCUCGCACAGCAGAUGUUUUUCCGUCUAAAGAACGAAUGGAAGGAUAUCGACGUGCCAGUGAGUGCGAUAUUCCAGUCUCAGACCCUCGAGGCCUUGGCGGCAGAGAUCGAUCGCGCCCAAGACCCUAUUGGGCUGCGCCUAGAUGCGAUGCCUCUCCCCGGAGACGGAAAUGUCAAGGACGAGGCGUACGCAGCGGAUGCAAGGGAUCUCGUGCGUCAACUUCCCGCGUCUAUCCGGAGCGCAGAGAUAGACUCGGACUACGCAAACACUCCUCCUACCGUGAUGCUCACCGGUGCUACGGGCUUCCUUGGCUCAUACAUCCUCCGCGAGCUCCUUGAGGGCCCCUCCAAGGCUCAUGUUAUUGCGCACGUGCGAGCCAAGGACGCAGCGGCAGGUCUAGCUCGACUCGAGAACAUAACCAAGACGUACGGCCUGUGGUCCCCAUCUUGGACAUCCACAUCCAGGCUUGAGGUCGUGGUAGGGGAUAUUUCCAAGGGACAGCUCGGUCUAUCCCAAAGCACCUGGAACCGCCUCGUCGAAGAGGUUGACGUCGUCAUCCAUAACGGCGCCCAGGUCAACUGGAUGCUGCCGUACUCCAGCCUCCGGGCGGCCAAUGUGCUUAGCACACUGACUUGCCUCCGGCUCUGCGUCACCGGAAAGCCCAAGCGAUUGGCAUUUAUCAGCUCAACCUCGACGCUGGAUAACGGCUACUACGUCGAACUCUCGCGGAAGGCCGGAGCCUCUGUGCUGGAGACUGACGACCUUGAAGGCAGUCGCAAGGGUCUUGGCACGGGAUAUGGGCAGUCCAAGUGGGCGAGCGAGUUCAUCGUGCGCGAGGCUGGACGGCGGGGCCUAGUGGGCGCCAUUAUCCGCCCGGGAUACAUCACGGGUGACCCAGGAUCCGGCAUCUCGGUUACGGACGACUUCCUGGUCCGGCUGUGGAAGGGGUGUCUGCAGGCGGGAGCGCGUCCCGACAUUGCGAACACGGUCAACGCGGUCCCCGUCACGCAGGUCAGCCGCAUCGUCGUCGCUGCCGCGUUCCAUCUCCCUGCUGUUAUCGGGCAGUCCCUGGGCGUGGCUCAGGUCACCAGCCGUCCGCGCCUGACGUUGAAUGAAUGGAUUGGCGCUCUAGAGGUGUAUGGGUAUCGCGCGCCGAUGGUGUCGUACCGGGAGUGGUGCGCGAAGAUCAAGGAAUACGUCAGCGAUGACACCAAGGAGGAGGAGCAUGCCCUCCUCCCCUUAUUCCACUUCGUUGUGGGGGACCUGCCUACAGACACUGUUGCUCCAGAGCUGGAUGAUUCCAAUGCGGCAGCAGCGCUGGGCCAAUAUGAUAAAGAGACGGGGAACCAAGGGGGCCCUAUAGCUGCAAACGCCUUAACCGUGCAGACUGUAGGCACAUACUUGGCGUACCUAGUUGCCGCUGGCUUCCUACCUGCGCCGACUCAGAAAGGCGUGAGCGAAUUACCCAAGCUCGAUGGGGCUAGGUUGCAAGCUUUGGCUGCUGGUCGCCUUGGUGGCAGGUCUGCAAGGCCGUGA